AUGUCAUUCAACAUCAGCAAGAUCCUGGCGCCGGGGCAGCUUGAAAAACUGGUGCCGUUCGACCCGCCGGAGCCGUUCAAUGUGACGGAGGCGGACCGCGAGCUCUCGAUCGACGAGCUGGUUGACAAACGGCUGUUCCAGCUGGCGGCAGAAAAAGUCGCACUCCAAUUGACACAGAUGGGCACGGACAUGAAAUCGACGGCGGUGGAUCUGGAAACGGCCCAGACGGUGUUCGGACUAUGGGAGACCCGGCUGACGUGUCUCGUUCUGGCCAACUUCCACAGAGUGGCCCAUUCCGAAGCAAAGUCGCUGGGAGACCUCAAUGUCGACCUGUACCGGCUGAUUCCGGAAAAGGGACCCUCCACCACCCCAGCUAAGCCGGAGAUCUCGAUCCACUGGGACCGGGAAUCGAUUGUGCCCUGGUCGCUCAGAGUGCUGACAGUCAGACUGGCCUCGGGAAGCGAUACACACGGAGCCAUCCUCAAGUACCACAGUCUGGCACGAGAGGCAAAGAUUAUGCGACACAAAAAGGACGACACUCAACUGUGGGCCCAACGACUGGUGGAGUUGGGCAUCUACGUCACGGCUGUACUGGUUGGUAUGGGGGAUUACGCCAAUGCCAUCUCUCAUGUCUCCAGUAUGGUCGGCACAGACAGCAGUGUUCCUCUGGAGGCUCAUUACUCCUAUCUCAGGUAUCUGCUGUGCAUUCUGUGUCUCCAAACCGGCAACUUUGACAAGGCCAAGGGCGUUCUUGAUACCAUUCAGAAGCAGGAGGGAGACAGGAACGACGCUGUGGUCGCUACUCUAAUGGCGAUUUGCUCGCUGGCUAGCGACAAUGUGGCCGACGCAAACUCGACUCUGGAAUCGGCGAACUCGUCCAACCCUCUGGUUCAAAACACGGAGGCCAUUGCCGCGUUCUCGACUGGCGAUACAGAUGGUGCCAUUGUGCAGUUUCAGUCCUUGUUGGAAAAGCAUGCCGAGCAAAUGUCGCCGGCGGCGUUAUCUGCCUCCAUUUUCAACGUGUGUUCGCUGUACGAAACGAGAGUUGAUGGAGCGGUGUUGAAGAAGGCGUUGAUGGAGAAGUUGAGCAAGGCGGGGCUGGUGGGGAUUGAUGUGACUGCUUUCAAGCUAUAA